CACUCCAAUGUAACGGGUACACUUGGAUGACAUUUCCGAACGCCUAUAGUGACUCUAUGACAGACGCGUAGAAUCGCCGCUAGUGGUCCAUGGUUAUAUGGUCAAAGGUAUAGACAUCUGUAUACGCAUAUCAUAUUGUCAAUGGAAUUUUGAAAAACUCCUCAAAACUCCUUCGAAAUACGAUUAAUUAUGAGUACAAUCAAACGCAAUGAUUUUUCAAACAGUUCUGAACUUCUGGUGCGAUAAUAAAUAAUUAUUGUAAUCUAAAACAAAAUUGAAAAUGGCUUGCAGCACUUCUAUAGUAAUGGUUUCCUGGGAAUUAUUAGUGGAGGAAUUGAAAAACAUACCUAUCGAAAUAAGACUAUACUUAGCGUCAAUAAUCGGUGCAUUACGCACAUCUGACAAACAGUUAACAUCAGAAACAUGGAUAAGCACUUCGAUAACAAGAAUAGAAGCUUGUUUAGAUCGCACAUGGGAAGCAUUGAAUUCUGGCUACUGGAAAGAUGUCCCCAUAGAAUACAGAUAUUGUUAUUCUUUGUGCAUUGUCAUAAAGGCAGCACUAUUAGAACUUCAGUAUGAACUUAAUGCUGGGAAUUUCACUGAGAAAGAAAAAAAGGCUACAUUAAGGAAUAUUAUUAGCCAAAUUGACAAAGGUAUUCUAUUAGGUGCGCCUCUUUCCAGUAUGCCAAAUUUAUUAACAACUACUGCUGCCAAAUUGAACAGCUAUUGUAUCGAUGAAUCUGACGGCGCAAAUUUAGAGGAAAUUCCAAUUAACAGUGAUAAAAUCAAUGAUGCAAUUUUAUCUGGAUUUUUGGAAAUAAUACAUUAUAAGGAACCUUCAAUGGAAUUGUUUUACAAACAGGUUUUUAUGCCAAAAUAUCCAGCCGUAUUAACAGGUUGCAUGAGACAUUGGAAAGCAUUAACAUUAUGGAAGAAUCCUGACUACCUACAUAAAAUUGCGGGAUCUCGGACAAUACCGAUCGAAAUCGGAUCUCGUUAUACUGAGGAGGAUUGGACUCAGCAUCUUGUUAGUUUUUCCGAAUUUUUACGAAAGCAUGUUAUUACAAGUAAUAGUCAAGUCGGUUAUUUAGCGCAGCAUCAACUUUUCGAACAGAUACCAGAACUAAAAGAAGAUUUCGCAAUACCAGAAUAUUGUAGUUUUUCAGACAAUGUGGAUAAUGACGUAGAACCACCUGAUAUAAAUGCAUGGUUUGGCCCUAGUGGUACAGUGUCGCCCUUGCACUUUGAUCCGAAAAAUAACUUGCUUUCUCAGGUAUUCGGCUACAAAAGAAUUAUUUUAUAUCAUCCGGACGAAGCAGAUAAUUUGUAUCCUUACACUACAAGAUUACUCAACAAUACUGCGCAAGUGGAUCCGAUAAAUCCAGAUUACACUAAGUGGCCAAAUUUUUGCAAGGCUAAAGGUAUGAUGUGUUAUUUAAAACCAGGGGAAAUGUUGUAUAUUCCACCAAAGUGGUGGCACCACGUAACCGCUCUCACUUCGAGUUUUUCAAUCAGUUUCUGGUGGAGUUAAUAAUUUCAUUUUGUAAAUAGAAAUGUAUAAUAAAUCGCAAUUUGCAGAUUUAAUAAAAAACCAUCUAAUAA